AUACGGCAUCGCAAUCAAUCACAAUCGCAGCCCAGAUAUUCUUCACAUAUUGUGAUAGCAAAAAUUUCCUCACUUUCUACAAAACCAGACGAAGCUAAAGGGUGGCUCCGAUUUCACCCUAACCAAGCAUCUCGCAUCUUGCAUCUUGCAUCUUUCAUCGAUCGCGAUUCCACCAUCGGAAUCUGGAAGCGAUGUCAACCUCGAGCCAGCACCAGUUCCGAUACACUCAGACCCCCUCGAAGGUGCUGCACCUUCGCAACCUCCCCUGGGAAUGCUCCGAGGAGGAGCUCAAAGAGCUCUGCAAGCCCUUCGGUAAGAUCGUCAACACCAAGUGCAAUGUCGGCGCCAAUCGCAACCAGGCUUUUGUUGAAUUCGUAGAUCUAAAUCAAGCCAUUUCAAUGGUUUCCUAUUAUGCUUCAUCUUCAGAACCUGCUAUGGUUCGUGGCAAAACUGUUUACAUUCAGUAUUCUAAUAGACAUGAAAUUGUCAACAACAAAAGUCCUGGAGAUAUUCCUGGAAAUGUCUUGCUGGUAACUAUUGAAGGUGUGGAAGCUGGGGAUGUAAGCAUUGAUGUUAUCCAUUUGGUGUUUUCUGCUUUUGGCUUUGUUCACAAAAUCGCAACAUUUGAAAAGACUGCAGGUUUCCAGGCUCUGAUUCAGUUCACUGAUGCUGAAACUGCUUCUGCUGCUAGGGAUGCACUGGAUGGAAGAAGCAUACCAAGAUACCUACUUCCAGCCCAUGUUGGUUCUUGUAAUUUACGUAUUUCAUACUCAGCACAUAAAGAUCUGAAUAUCAAAUUCCAAUCAAAUCGCAGCAGGGACUACACAAAUCCUAUGCUUCCCGUUAACUAUACUGCUAUUGAAGGGACGGUACAGACGGCUAUAGGCCCAGAUGGGAAGAGGAAAGAACCUGAAAGCAAUGUGCUUUUGGCUUCCAUUGAAAAUAUGCAGUAUGCUGUUACUGUUGAUGUCCUCCAUACUGUCUUCUCUGCAUUUGGAACUGUCCAGAAAAUUGCUAUAUUUGAAAAGAAUGGUCAAACUCAGGCACUAAUUCAGUACCCUGAUGUCAUAACGGCAGCAGCUGCUAGAGAAGCUCUAGAGGGGCAUUGCAUAUAUGAUGGUGGCUAUUGUAAGCUUCAUCUAUCAUACUCUCGUCAUACUGAUCUCAAUGUAAAGGCUUUCAGCGACAAAAGUAGAGACUAUACUGUGCCAGAUCCUAGUCUGCUACCAGCCCAAGGUCCUGCAACCGCUUGGCAAAAUCCACAGGCUGCACCCAUGUACCCUGGCAGUGCUCCUCCUUAUCACACUCAAGUUCCUGGUGGCCAAGUGCCAUCAUGGGAUCCAUCCCUCCAGGCGGUUAGACCUAGUUACAUAUCUGCACCUGGUACUUUUCCUGUACAAACAGGUACCGUUCCUCCAAUGCCAUCUUAUGCUCCAGCAGCAGCCAUGCCCGCAGCUUCCUCACCUCUUGCACAAAGCAGCCCCAUUGGUCAUAAUGCAAAUCCAAUGGGAAUCUCUCAGUCUGGGGUUCCACCCAAUGUAAAUUUACAGCCCAGUGGUGCUCCACAUUCAGUUCCUGGUUCCUCACCUAUCAUGCAGACCAGCCAAGCGGCUCAAGGAUUAGUUCAGCCUGGGGCUCAGCCAAAUGCAAGACCUGAUGGUGCUUCACCUCCUGGUCAACAUUAUUAUGCUUAGAAAGCCAUUUUACAGUUUUACUGUCACAUGAAUGAAAGGAAAAUGGUUUUGGGGGAAGAAGAAUGAUAGUAUGAUAAAUUUGUUGUUCGGUUGGAAACUUCAUCAGCAUCAUCAUCGUUGUUUUUGAAUGAUGUAAUUUAAUUUGCGAAGAAAGCUCCGAAAUAGUUGAUCUCUUA